GUCAGGCACGGUUCCUUGACGGCACUUUGCGGGACUGGGAGUAGUAUGGUUCAGCAAUAAUCAGCGCGCUUGAUUCAGACAAUUUCGCACCUGGGACAUUUGACUCGUACCCAGGAAUCCGUCCCACAGGAGCCUAACGUUCAAUAUGCUUCAGCAUCGGGUUGCCUUUAGGGGCAUUCGACUCCCGUUUCGAUGCGUGUCUUCUCUUCUCCCCCGUUCAUACUCCACGGGUAUUGAGCAGCACACAGAGUCUAUUUCUGUUGAGUCUUCGAGCUCGAGCAUUGAUCCCAGCCUUUCAUUCGCUCCUCCUCCUGUUCGCCAGGACUCGACCAUCAACAUCCGAAAAUAUACGCCGCGUACUCCCGGUGUUCGACAUUUGCGAAGGCCCAUCAAUGACCAUUUGUGGAAAGGUCGCCCGGUACACAAGUUGACGUUUCCCAAGCGAGGCCACAGCAAAGGAGGCCGAAAUAACAGCGGUAGGGUCACCGUCCGGCACCAUGGUGGUGGUCAUAAGCGCCGAAUUCGGAUGGUCGAUUUUAAACGAGAUGCCCCCGGUCCGCACAUUGUUGAGCGCAUUGAGCAUGACCCCGGACGGAGUGCUCAUAUUGCGCUUCUUCGCAGUAAAGAAACUGGGAAGCUGAGCUAUAUCCUGGCUGCAGACGGUAUGAGGGCAGGAGAUGUUGUGCAAAGUUACAUGGCUGGGAUUCCCGACGACCUUUGGCAGAGCAUGGGAGGAACUGUUGAUCCUGGUGUGAUGGCUGCCAGAACUGCCUGGAGAGGAAACUGCUUGCCUUUACACAUGGUUCCGGUGGGGUCGCUCAUAUUCAACGUCGGGUUGCGUCCUGGCGGAGGUGGACAGCUGUGCCGUAGCGCCGGUACGUUCGCGACGGUUAUCUCCAAGGGUGUCAAUCAGGUGGCUGCAGCCGAUCAAGAGAGCAAAGAAAGCCAAGCGGCUGGCGAAGAGAAGAAACCCAUGACCCAGCGCGAGAAGCAAGCCCGUGAGCGCACUCUCCAGCAUAUCACCAUUCGCCUUUCAAGUGGGGAGGUGCGCCUUAUUCACAAAGAUUGCUGUGCCACCAUUGGUGUCGCUAGCAACCCAAACAAGAAGUAUGCCCAACUAGGAAAGGCUGGAAGAUCACGCUGGCUUAACAUUCGACCAACGGUGCGCGGUCUUGCCAUGAACGCUCAAGAUCACCCUCACGGUGGUGGACGAGGAAAAUCGAAGGGUAACGUUGAUCCAAAGAGUCCUUGGGGUCUGCCGGCCAAAUCUGGCUACAAAACUCGCCCCAAGUGGAAGAUCAACAAAGCUGUUGUUGUUCCAAGAGUCCGGAACCAAGGCAAGCGUCGCAGAGGAUAUCAUUAGACGUGCUUCUGCUCAUCAAGAUUGGGAAUCAUGGGACGUUUGCUCUUUCAGCUCUGUAACUAUUGUAUUAUACGAAUGUUUACCUAUCAAGCGGGAUAUGCUCUUGUCUACCUUGGAUCUCUCGCGAUUCUAUUGGGACCGAAAUCGCUCCGGUUGUUUUUGCAACGGCGUUGAAUUGUACAUUACAGGCAACGAUAGA